AGAAAUCCCUUGCCACAUGAGGUAUUGCACUUUGGAGAUGACCAUCGCGACCAUAAGGAAUUCAUGUCUGCCGGCAUCGAAGUUGAAGGGCCAAGCUCUUCACAAAACUAAAAGUUUCAGGUUUUAUAAUUUUAAGUAAAUGACAUUUCCUAAUCUCUUGAGGCAUUCAAUUGCUUCUAUAAUCUAAUCUGCUUCUAAAUCUUUUUGAGAUAAAAUGACAUUACUGGUUGCCUCUGAUGACAAUUUGAGGCACAUUGAGGGGUAUGUAUUCCUUUUAAUGUGGUCGCGGUACAUUGUGCAAUACCGCAAACUCCACGCGGUGAGCACAGGCUCUCGGGUAAAGGAUUCAAAAAGCACGUAGGGAAUCCUGAAAAUUAUUCUUGCAAUAAAUAUAGAAAUUCUUUGCUUGCUUGGGUCGCAAUAGGUGUGUCGUCAAAAAUGCUUGUUCAGGAUCUUUCCCAAUCUCUUUAUAUUAUUACCUUUCAUCUUGUACAGCCCCUGGCCAGCUAGAGGAAUGGAACAAUUGCAGCGUGGAGCAUUUUCAAUUAACAGAGUUACAUCGCAUAAUCGCCUGUGAACUCUUGCACUUGUAUUUGAAUAUGGAGUAGCUUCUUUAAAAGUGCAGUCCGCUUUCCUCAGCCUGGUCAGUUCGGGUGAGCACAAGUCCCAGGAGUGUAGGGUCAAGCAGGGACAAAUCCCAAGGAAAAAUUCACCGACUCCAGAGCUAUCCAGAACUUUUGUCUCGGAAGCACAAAAUCGUUCUCCGAUUUCUACGAAAGCGCAUUGCUGCAGAUGCAAUUGCUGUACCCAGCGUGUUAUAUCGUAAUUCGGUGAUUCAUCCAAAUCUUUAGAUACGAACAGAAAUGGGUCCCAGUUGCCGCCGUCCACAUUGACUCCAUCAACGACUCGACGAGCUUUUCCACGAGAGAGUAUCAACACUAUCGAUAGAAACUUUGGACCCGGACGCGAACGAAAGACGAGCAACAAACACGGGGCUGGUUGACGCUGAACGGCGUUGGGAGUUUGGGACGCACCACGAGAUGAUGCUCCCAUCGGCUUUUGGACACCUCUCACUCUCACUUACUUAAGUGCGAACAAAAUGCAUGGGACAGAAAACAAUUUCUUAUUGUCAUCCACGUCGACAAGUUGUAAUAUUUGCAAAAUUAACUGUUUUGAUUUGCUGAAGUGGGUUACUAUGUUUACGAAACUUUGCGUUGCUGCGACAUCUAAAAUAUCACACGCUUUUAUAUUAAAGGAUACUAUAAGUCAUUCUGCAGUGAUGUCUAAAUUUGAAAUUCCUGACCGCCUAGUAGGCAAUGAAAAAUCAGUAUGGGUUGAAUAUACUCAAUUGGUCUUGAAAUAUAAACCACUGAAUUUAGGUCAAGGCUUUCCAGACUUUCAUGCUCCAGAGAAUGUUAUCAAAGCUCUAGCUGCUACAACUACGAGCGACAAUCCUCUUUUAAAUCAAUAUACUAGAGGAUUUGGUCACCCACGUCUGGUAAAUGUUAUUGCAAAAUUAUUUUCCAGGCUCUUAAAUCGUACCCUAGAUCCAAAUAAUGAAAUUCUUAUAACUUCUGGAGCUUAUGAAGCAUUAUUUAGUACACUACAAGGUCACACAAAUCCUGGUGAUGAAUGGAUUAUUAUUGAGCCUUUUUUCGACUGCUAUGAGCCCAUGAUUAAAGUUGCUGGUGGAGUUCCAAGGUUUAUUCCUUUAAAACCAAAAAACAUAAAUGGACCACUGAGUUCUGCAGAUUGGGUAUUCGACAAACAGGAAUUAGAAAGUCUUUUCAAUGAAAAGACAAAAGGAAUAAUCCUUAAUACUCCAAAUAAUCCUAUUGGAAAAGUUUUUUCCCUAGAUGAAUUACAGUUCAUCAGUGAUUUGGCUAAGAAAUGGAAUGUUCUUGUUGUGUCAGAUGAAGUUUAUGAGUGGCUUGUUUAUGAACCAGCUAAACAUAUUAGAAUUGCAACGUUGCCUGGUAUGUAUGAACGUACAAUUACCAUUGGAUCAGCAGGGAAAACAUUCAGCAUUACUGGGUGGAAAAUAGGAUGGGCCUACGGUCCAGCGAAUUUAUUAUACAAUUUACAAGUUGUUCAUCAAAAUACUGUAUAUACAUGUCCCACACCACUCCAAGAAGCAGUGGCUAUUGCAUUUGAACAAGAAUUAGAAAGAUUUGAUAGCCCUGAUUGUUACUUCGUGAGUUUAGCUAGGGAUUUAAAACCUAAACGAGAUUUCAUGGCCAAAUUUCUUAGCGAUGUAGGAAUGAUACCAACAAUACCUGAAGGUGGAUUCUUCAUGAUAGCUAAUUGGACGAAAUUGAAGGACAAAGUCCAAUUAGAAGAGGAGACAGAUGAGUAUAGAGAUUACCGUUUUACGAAAUGGAUGGCGAAAAAUGUUGGAGUUCUAGGAAUACCACCAUCCACGUUUUAUAGUCCUGAACACAAAUAUAUAGGUGAAGAUAACGUACGAUAUUGCUUUAUAAAGAAAGAUGAAAAUUUGGAGAAAGCAGCUGAACUUUUGAAGAAAUGGAAAUCCACACAGUAAAAUCUGUUUUAAUGUAAUAUAUAUUAAUACUCGGGGAGAAAAUUUAUGCACAUUCUAAUGAUAAUAUAUUUUUUCAAUUUUA